AUUAUACAUUUGGUCAAGGCCAUCACCUUUUACUCUCGUCAGGCCUGUGCCUGCCAAGUGGUGUAACGAUUUUGGGAUAAACGCACAUCCACAGCAAGAUAUUGUUCGUAAACACUUGUGAAUUUUAACAACAGAGAGAAUGGCUGCUCCCAAGAAAGGAGAUCUUUCAGCAGCUGAGCGAGAAAUAUUACAGGUUAUUGCUGCAGGUGAUGUGCAGGAGGUUGCACGGCUGCUGGGGUCCAAGGACGUCAGAGUCAACUGUCUGGAUGAGUAUGGAAUGACUCCCCUAAUGCACGCAGCAUACAAGGGCCAGGCAGACAUGUGCAGCCUGCUGCUCCAGCACGGGGCAGACGUCAAUUGUAAUGAACAUGAUUAUGGAUACACAGCCCUCAUGUUUGCUGGACUCUCAGGAAAGACAGACAUAACCUCCAUGAUGCUGGAUGCGGGUGCAGAGACAGACCUGGUCAAUUCAGUAGGUCGCACGGCUGCUCAGAUGGCUGCUUUCGUGGGCCAGCAUGACUGUGUGACAGUGAUCAACAACUUCUUCUCUCGAGCGCGGCUCGAGUACUACACUAGACCCCAGGGGCUGGAGCGAGAAGCCAAACUGCCUCCCAAACUGGCUGGACCUCUUCACAAGAUCAUCAUGACCUCCAACCUCAACCCUGUCAAGCUGGUGAUGCUGGUCAGGGAGAACCCUCUGCUGGUGGACGUGGGAGCAUUAGAGAAGUGUUACCAUGUCAUGGAUCUGCUGUGUGAGCAGUGUGUGAAGCAGCAGGAUAUGAAUGAAGUCCUGGCCAUGAAGAUGCACUACAUUAGCUAUGUGCUGCAGAAAUGCAUGGCCUUCCUUCUGGACCGUGAUGACAAGCUAGAUGUGCUCAUCAAGAGCCUGUUGAAGGGGAGGGAUGGAGAUGGUUUCCCUCAGUACCAGGAGAAGUUCAUUAGAGACUGCAUCAGGAAGUUUCCCUACUGUGAAGCCGCACUGCUACAGCAGCUGGUCAGGAGCAUCGCACCAGUGGAGAUUGGUAACGACCCGACAGCAUUCUCGGUGCUAACCCAGGCUCUCACGGGUAAGAUGGCCUUCAUAGACGCUGAGUUCUGUGCUACGUGUGGAGAGAGGGGGGCCGAGAAGCGAUGCUCCCUCUGCAAAAUGGUGACGUACUGUGGCCUGAUGUGUCAGCGACUCCACUGGUUCACCCAUAAGAAGAUCUGUAAAGGACUGCAGGAGAAGGAUGCCCCGAGGCUGAGGGAGCUCAAUGAUGAGGAGAGUGACAUGGUGAAGGAGACAGCCAGCUUCCUGGCAGAGCUGUGUUUGAAGGCAGAGGAGCGCAUGGUGUCAUCAGGUUGUCCCGGUCCCUCAGCGCCAGACCAGCUGAACUGUCCCUCCACAUCCUCAGAGGGACCACCAUCCUGCAACCAGGAAUGAGAUGGACUACUGGUGUUCUUUUCUACUGGGUAGUAAUUGAUGAAUGUUACUGAUUGGCCAGAGUUCAGUGAUAUUAAUAAUAAAGUUUUAUUGAAUAUUAAACUGAAUUGAUUCCAUUCACCUGAUGUCUGAGGUCUGAAUCAGUCCCUGGUUAAAGGAGAAUGCUUUUUUUUAUUUUUAUCAGCAGUACUGCUGAUUGGCCAUGAGAGAAAGGGGUUAGUGGGGAUGAAU